AUGGCACCGAAGACAGGCGAAAUUUCCAAUGACAGCUCAUCACAAACUGAAGCUACGUCAGUGGGCGACCAACAGGAAAAUAUAUGGUCCUCAAUUCUUAAAAGCGUAGCUUCUUCCAAAAUGGUUCCUACCAAAAGCUUAUUGAUUUUAGGUGACAGAGAAUCUGGCAAAUCCACUCUCAUCAGGCACCUUAAAGGUGAAGAAGACGAGGACGUUUAUGAAGUCCCAGAGGUAAAUGGUAGUGCCUCAAAGGAUGUCGGCAUCGGUACAGAUGACACUUCAAAUAAAAAACCUUCUCAAAACGACUUUGCAUUAAGUUACACCUUUGUGGAGAUAAAAGAUGACGAAGCGGAGGAUACUCUUGCCCGUCUUGGAUUAUAUCAGCUAGCAGGGUCUCAGGAUGCAUAUCAGUCUCUCCUUCGUUUUUCUCUUAAUUCCACAACCCUUCCGGAUUCUCUUGUGGUAAUUGUUUUGGAUUGGGCACGCCCUUGGAAUUUUAUCGAAACCUUACAACGAUGGGUUAAGUUUGUUGAACGUGGUAUUGAAAAUAUUAAAACCGAAGGAGCCAGUGGGUCCAAGGAUGGUUGGACUAAAGGAAAAGCCAUUGUCGAUGAAAUGAAAGAAGCACAUAUUCGUUGCGAUCUCAAAGUUUUGCACCCGAUAGAUGGUGCUGCGCUCUUCUAUACAACAACUCGACAACCAAAGACCUUCAUCAACUUGCGCCAAUAUAUUCUUCAUCGACUUCUCGGGUCUAAGGCUUCUUCCAGUGAUACGAAAUCUUCCUACGCUUUUAAUAUUGAGCCAACGUUUGUUGAACGUGAGACGGUAUUGAUUCCCGCCGGUUGGGAUUCUUGGAUAAAGAUUAAAGUUAUGGGGGAAGGAUUUAACUGUGAGGGAUUACUUCAAGGAUGGGACAUGGACAUUUCCGGUCGAACCGAGGUACAAGAUGGUGUUGAGGAAAUUUUCAGCGCAAAUAAGAUAUUUAAUGAUGUUGUUGAUAGCUUUGAGAACGACAAGCCACUUAGCGGUCCAUCAAUUAUUGAGGCAGAAGAUGAACAAGCGUUCUUUGCUCGUCAUGUCGAAACCCUACUGAAAGCAAAUAAUGAACGUCCACCAUCGGUUGUUGGACCAAUGAGUGCACCUUCAGUCACUUACGGAAAUUUUGGAGACAUCCCAGAUCUCGAUGUUAUUACACAAGUACCAAGUUUACCCACUUUGCCUCCAAAACCAACCAGAACAAAGUCCACUUCUUCAAACUCAUCCCCACCUGUUCAAGUUUCGAAUGGUACUCCGGUUGUUACAGACGUACCGCUCACAGCAGCACCUACAACCCAAAACGAAGUUCUUGCGAACUUCUUUGCAGCUUUGCUUACUAAGAAAGGUAACGCAACUCAAACACCCUCCGGUUCAGGAUCCUCGCAAUUGUCAUCCCCAACUGAUCCGUCCAGUAACAUUUCUGCGAACACCAAACCAUCACCAUCGAGAAAGAUGGUAGAGAAGGAAUUGGCUAAUAUAAAAAUAUCUAAUAGUACCGCUGUUAGUAGUACAGCUGCGAAAUAA